ACCGUCGAAACAAGCGACAUUUAAAUGCGACGGAAAGUAUUUUCUUUUACCGACGCCACGUUCGUCUGCUGCAUCGUAGCGAUUGUGCUCGCUACUUCGACCGAAUCGAACAGAGGACACGUAAACAGAACUGGUCUUUGGUCGAGCAACGAUUUCGAGAACAAUGAACCACGCUACGAUCAUUGUUUCGUAGAGGAAGGGCUUUGUUUAGAUUUCACCGAGUACAUAGACGAUUUUUUCCGUCUUGCAUCGGAAUUUUUUCUUAGAAACGAGUUGGAUCCCAUGACGAUUCCCGACAUUCAUCGAAGCUUCCGGUUGCCGUUCCUAUUUCUGCCUACAAGCUACGACGAAUUAACAUACUACUUCUCUUCAGGAUCGUUGUAUUAUCUAUCCGAAUUUAAACGGGCUGGCGGAGCCAUUGGCGUCUACAAAGACGAAACACUGAGUAUCGACGCGAGCAUCGCGUUUGACAGCAUUUUGUUCACCUACGAUUAUUUCGUGAGACUCCUGUUCUUGGAAAAUUACGGAAGAAUAAUCGCGGAGGCAACAUCGAUACGACUCGACAUAGGCGUCGAUUUUAACAUCAUCGAUUGCAAGUUCGUUCUGAGAAAGCUCAGACUGACCAGCGUCGAAUCCAUGACAAUGACUCUACAUGGCAACAGCAUGGCGGAACGAUUGAUUAUACCCAUUACCAACGUUGGCAUACGUUUGGUAAAAAAAUUGUUGACCGAGGAAAUCGAGAAAAUCGCGACUGAGAUGUUUCAAGAACAUAUCGAACUGAUGAACGAAAACAUUUCGCCGUGGAAGAUUCUUACGUUAUUAGCAACGACGUAACUCAAUGUGAAAAAAAUGUAUUAAAUUAUUUAUUAUUAAA